CAUUGCAUACUGUCAUCUGUUUGAAAUUUUCUAGAAUGGAGCAACAAUCUCUCCACCAAAAUGAUCCUACCUUUGUUGGAUAACUAGGAAGAUCAUCAUUAGCAUAAUAGGUGUUCCAUAUUAGGUUUACCCAUGGAGUAUCAGCUCUGUUAAAAAACUUGAAUAAAUUUUUUGUAAGCAGAGCUUUGUUUUGAACUCUGAGGUCCAAUACACCUAAACCACCAGCUUUUUUGGCAGACAGACAUUUUCCCAUUUAACAAGACAUUUCCCACUUUUUUUUAUGCCUUUACCAUACCAUAGGAAAUUUCUUCCUAACUUUUCAAAGUGAUCAAAGAUGGUGAAAGGCACUCUGAUACAGCACAUGGCAAAAAUAGGAAGAGCAGAUAUAAUAACCUUCAGAUGGAUAAGUUAUCCGGCAUAUGUCAUCAUGGAGGCAAUACCAGAUAGCCUAGAGUCCAGUCUUGAGACCAUGGGCAUAAGAUCUUCAACCUUUGGCCUAGUAGAACCCAUUGGCAAACCCAGAUAAGUAAAUGGCAUAGCUUCUUUUUUGCAUUUCAGAAUGUUGGCCAGUUCUUGUGCCCUGUCAUCAGAUAUAUUUAUGGGCACCAAACCUCAAAGUAAUUAAUACUUCGGUAUUUCUAAAAACCAAAGUAUUCUUCGAAAACUUAACAAAAUACAGAACUCCCAAACAGGGCCUAAAUCAUAUAAUUUCCUGUUUUUUAAGGAUCAACAUUGCAUGCUAGGAGAUUCACACCGGAGGAAAGGCGAGGGAGGUAGAAGCGGACCAUGCACGACCGUAGAGUAUCUGGUAUCACAGAAACUCUCAAAUGUAUUUUAUAAUAUCCGUUGCAACACACGUAAUUUUUUGCAUGUACAAUUCUCAAGAACAGCAGAUGUGUUUUGCACAUAAUUGAAUACGUAACAACUUUUCUCCCGUUGCAACGAACGGGAAUUUGUGCUAGCAUAAAAAACAGAGAAUCAUUUUUUUAGACAAAAAAAAGGAAAAACAAGAGAAGCAGGAAUUGCUUCAAGGACGCAGCCAGGCCCAUAGACAGCCCAGGUCGAUCGAGUCGGUGAGGAGAAACGCCCCCUCCGCGCCUAGUCGCUCCUCUCUUCUCCCUCGAGGCCUCAAUCCCCAAACCCUUCUUCCAAAAAGAAAAAAGAAUCCCCAAACCCUCGUCUGGCUUCUCCGGUGCAGAGGCCGAAGGUCGGCAGGCGGCGCACGGGGGAGAAUCCGGAGAAGGAGAGAGGAGCGGGAGGCGGUGGCGCACAAGGCGAGAAGACGCCCAACGCCGGCGGGCAGCGCACGAGGGGGAAUCCGGAGAAGGAGAGGGAAGCGGGAGGCGGUGGCGCACAAGGUGAGAAGAUGCCCAAGGCCUGCAGGCGGCGCACGAGGGGGGAUCCGGAUCUGGAGACGGAGAGGGAAGCCAAGAAGAGAAGCCUGGCAGCAGAGGAGGCCUCUCCUUCAGCGAUGUUUGCGGCCUUUGAGCGUGGCGAUGCCCCUCAAUCCGAAGCAAAAUCAGAGCGUGUCUAUGAUGUGGUCGAGUCCGUGACGGAGGAAUCCUCCGGUUCCCCUAUUCCUCUGCUCCACGAAACCUACAUCCCCGACGAGCUAGCUUCCCAUCCGGGCAUACAUCACGCCUUUGAGCUUGCCGAAGCCAAAUACAACGCAGAAAAAGAUCAUCGGUAUGCUUUGUUCACCAUGGCUCGCGGCCCUCCGCACUCGUGUCUGUUUAAUGAGCGGAGGCUUCUUCCAAUCUGUGAAACCGCAAAAGACGCGGUGCUUCUUGUAUCCGGAUCCGUCAUUAGGCUCUCCUCCUCUCUCGGCCGCGUGCCACUGAAUAAGUGCUGUGGGUUGUGGUUCCAACAGGAUGAAGAGAAGAAAACCGCCAUUGUUUUGACAUCUGCGCAUCUGGUUCGCAAACAGGAUCCCUCCGUGAUGAACCAGUGGACAGGAAAAUAUCACCGUGAUGCUCGGGUCAUUGUUCACUUGCUUGAUGGUACAACUGCAAGAGGCAGUCUCCUGUACCUCCAGGAGCAUUAUGAAAUUGCUCUUUAUGAGGUUACAAUGCACAAACCUGUUGAGUUGCCCACUUUUAAUGACACGGUGCAUUCGGGUCAAGAUGUUUUCAGACUUGGAAGAGAUGAUGAAAGUUUGGAUUUGAAGAUAACUCAUGGUAGGGUGGAAUACAAAAUCCCAGUCCGACAUGAGAGAUGUCACUACCUGUAUUUUUCCUCUGAUGAAUCUCGUCACCGUUUGUUGCAUGACGACGGAGGGCCUAUCGUUGAUCUAGAAGGGAAGGUUGUGGGACUGGUUAACAAUCAUAUAAAUGAGACUUUUGUGCCUUCAUGCAUAUUACACAAGUGUUUGGAUUUCUGGAGGAGUUUCAAGUGCAUGCCUCGGCUGCAUCUUGGAAUGACCUUUACUUCCAUCAACCUUUUAGACCCUGUAUGUAUCGAGAGGAUGAAGCGUAAGCAUAACAUUGAGUCCGGUCUCAUUGUUCAACAGGUGUCAAAAGGAUCAUAUGCCGAGAAACUGGGAAUCCGCAAAGGUGACGUUAUUGAAGGUUUUAAUGGAAAAUACGUUUCUACGACGAUUGAGUUGGAGAGCAUGUUGGUAGACAUCUGCUGGGAUCAUUUUGAUCAGAGAAAUAAAUUAUAUGCAGAAAAAGAUGUUUCAGUUCUUAUAUAUAAUGCUGCCAAACUUUGCCGAAGAACUAGAAAUUUGACUGUAGUUGUAUCAGAUUUUGGAGAGGAUAUUAUAGAAGGCACUUAUGCUAUCACGAUUGAAUAAUAAAGAGGUCAUGUGAGUCUUUUGUGUUUCUUGAGCUUCGAGAAAGGCUAAAGGUACAUCAUGUGAUCCUUCAGACUUUCAGAUUGGAUCAAGAAAGUUUGUGGGCUGUGAGGUCCUCCUUCCUUAUCAAGAUGUCAGGUCAGGCUGGGCAUUCGGUUAAACCGAACCGACCAGUUCGGUUCUUCGGGUUUUGAACAAAUUUGGCUUUCAGAAAAUGAUAACCGGUUGGUCAUUUGUAGAACUGCUAAGCGAGGAUUCAGUGGACCGAGAGUUUGGUUCAAUCCUCGGUUUAAGACAAAACAUGAAUAUAUGCUUGUGGUUCCUACUCUUAUGCCAAGACAAGUAGCUGGAUAACACAAGUAACUAGAAUCAAAUAACGGAAACAGUGUGCUAUUAUUAUUAUUGUUAUUAUUAUUAUUAUUUUCAUUCAAGAUCAUGUGGAUAAGAGUGAGUACUUACCAAGGUUUUUUCUUUUUGAUUUCGGUUAUUUUCCAGGAGGGAACGAGAAAAACGGUGUCGAGAAAAUCUCAGAAUUUCCGGAAUAUUUUCACCCAAAAUUAUCAAAUUAAUUUUGAAUUCAAAAACUUUUAGCUUCAAAAUAUAUUGGAUUUUGCCAGGGAGCAAGAACUUUUAUCUUAAGUGAUCAGCGCACCUUUCUUUUUUCCAAACCUCACGGGGUCGCACCAUCAGUACCGCACCACGGCCAGAAUUCCAGUUUCUAAACAACUCAUGAAUCUGGGGCGUUUCAAACUUAAGACUCUGCGUAUCCCCUUCAAGCUUGAAGAGGUGGAGCGGCUCCGUCUCAAGCAAAUCAUGAUGAGCCCGAGCAUCCCCCCUUCUGGUUCCUGAAGUUGUCAUCGUACAUGUGUCUAGGGCACUGAUAUGUCUCGCCUACAGCGACAGGAGAGGAAGUCUCGCUGAAGGCGAGCUCCAUAUUAGUCCGGCCCAUCGCGCCGCUUACCACAGACCACAUGCCAUAUUCUCGUUCUUCUUUACGUUUUUUGUUUUUAUUUUCUGUUUCCUUUUACUUUAUUUAUACUUCGAGGUACUUUAUAUUUCAAAAAUACUUUACAUGAAAC